AUCCACUAUAAAUAUUUGGAGAUUUUUGCAUUGCAUGUACCCCCACAACACAUGGAGACCAAAAGAAAUAGCUACACACUCUAUUCUCUCCUCCCAAUUUUCCUUCUCGAUUUCUCUUCCGUCGCAUUUACUGAUCAGCAGCCCACAAACACCUCAGUCUUAGAUUUGGAUGGAAAUCUACUCCAAAUCAACACAAAGUACUACAUCCUCCCCCUCGACGGAGGCGGCGGCGGCGGGUUCGCCCUCUCCGUCAGGGACCCCCGCGACCCCUGCCCUCCUAACGUCGUGCAAGAGAACGAUGAAGGUUCAGCUGGGCUGUCUCUCAAGUUUUUCCCACUAGACAGAGAACAGCAGCAGGCCACGUCUGUAAGUUUGUCUAGUGAUAUGAAUAUAGCUUUCAUGGCAGCCACCACCUGUGUGCAGCGAACCGUGUGGCGGACCGGCGUCGCCGACGGGACUACGGGGCGGAGGUACGUGAGGACUGGCGGUGUUCUGGGUCGGCCGGGGGCGGAGACGGUGGGGGAGUGGUUCAAGAUAGAUAAGUAUGGAAAGGGUUACAAGAUUGGGUAUUGUCCGAGUGUGUGCAGUGCGUGUAGGGUUGAGUGUGGGGAGAUGGGUGUGUUUGUGGAGGAUGGAAGGAGGUGGGUGGGUUUGGGUGGUCAACCCAUUGUAAUUGCCUUCAAGAAAGUUGUGUAAUUAAUCAUUUUAAAAAAAAUUCUAUUUAAAAUCGAG